CCCCCCUGGCCUGGUCUCGCAGCAUGCAGGCGCCGACCGCACCUCCAGCUCGCCGUAUCGCGCUGCUCGGCCAGCGCGACGCGCUGGUGCGGGCGUUGCUCGAGGUCGCGCACAGGCGGCGGCUGCAGCCACUGGACGUGCUCGUGGUGGUGCCUGUCGGCGCCGGAGCGCCGUCGGCUAUUUCCGGCGUGGGGACUAUCCGCGGCGUGUGCGACACCCUUGGCUUCGGGUGCGUGGGUGGAGAGACGGACGAGGCCGUGCUUGCAGAGUUGAGCGCUUUCGGCCCAGAGCUGAUCGUGUCCAUCCCUGGCGCUACGUGCCACAGGAUGGUGUACGACUUUGAUGCGGGUAGAAUCCUUGACCAGGAGGCUGUGCCAAUCGCACCGGGCGAGACAGCGUUGUCGCUCAGCGUCAAGAUCGCUGCGGCCGCCGAGCUGUGCUUCCGGCGCGUAUUCGGCACCUUCCUGGACACAGGCGGGCUGCCCGAGGGGCGCUUGUGGGACGUCCAGGAGUUCCCGUACCACUUCCGCAAGCUUCCACGCGGUGGUGUCAUCGACCCAGAGUGGCCCGACGAUAAGGUGGAGCGCUUCGUUCGGGCGAUGUACUUCCCGCCGCACGCGCCGGCCACGUUGGUGCGGCCGGAUGGACUGGAGUACCCUGUGAGGACGAUGGAGGAGUACGCUGCAGCCCGCGAGGGCCGCGCUGUCCGGGGCACCUCCACCUCUUCUGGCGCAGCGCCGGCCAGGCCGGCCCCAGCUUGCGACCCCCAUCAGGCAAGCUGCGCCCCAGGUGGCACCAGGCCGCGAGCACGAGGCCCGUGGUUGCCCAGCGGGGGGGGCGCGGUGGGCUUGCUCGCGGCCGCGCUGGUGCUGCUGGCUGCGCUGGUGAGCGUGCCGCGAGGUGCCGGCUCCGAGCGGCAAGCUGGCAGCGCUGGCAGCAGCGCCGUCGGGCGGCCUCCCCCGGCGCCGGCCGCGCGCCACACGCUGGAGGCGCAUCCACGGGCGCGGUGCCUGGACGGCUCCCCUGCCGCAUUCUACCUCGCGCCAGCCACGAGCGCCGAGGGCCGGGGGAGGUGGGUGGUGUACCUGCAGGGCGGCGGUUGGUGCGCCGAGUCUGCGGAGCUCGCGGGCCUGCCAGGCUACAGUCACGCGGACGAUGUGGGGCAUCCCGACCUGUGCUCUCGCAGGGCGAAGGGCUACCUCGGCAGCUCCCGCUUCGACUGGGCGUCCCGGAGCCUGGAAGGUAAAGGCUUCCUGUCCGGCGAUCCCACCGAGAAUCCGUCGAUGCACAGCUGGAAUCGGGUGGUCAUUCGGAAUUGUGAUGGCACGCUCUUCCUCAGCAGCCUCGACGAGCCAAUGCAGCUCCCAGGAGGCGGCGCGCUGUACUUCCGCGGGCGCGACAACGCCUUCGCCGUGGUGGACGCACUGCUAGAGAGGCACGGCAUGGACAGCGCCUCGGAGGUUGUGAUCAGCGGCUGUAGCGCUGGCGGCGUCGCCGCGGUGCUUCUCGCGGAUGCGCUGCGAAGGCGCGUCGAGGAGCGUGCCCGCGCCGGCCGUCCCUUCGUGGCCGUGCUGUCGGACAGCGGCGUGUUCCCAGGUCCCGGCCCAGUGGGUAGCAGCGCGGCGCCCGAGGGGCUUCUGAGGUUUCCACAGUUCCAGUGGCUCUUCGAGCGCACGAACCUGUCGGGGAGCCUUCCGCCUCCGUGCACGUCCGAGGAGGCCCCGUGGGGCUGCCUGCACGUCCUGGGCGCGCUGCCCCACGUGGCGACCCCCGUGUUCCUGCUGCAGAGCCUGGCGGACUCCUGGCAGCUCAGCGAGCCUGCCGGGCCCGCACAGGCCGCGUUUGCGGCGGGCCUGCGCCAGCAGUUCGCCCUCGCGCUGCGCUGGCCGCACGCGGCCGCGGUCGACAGCUGCUUCCACCACGGGGGCGCGUGGGGCCGGAUCGGCUGGGGCGGCGUGACCAACCGCGACGCCUUCUGGCGAUGGUACACCACGGGGCGCGAGCGCUGGGUGGCGAAUUCCAGCAGCUCCGCCGGGCCUGGAGAGUACGCAGCCGAAGGCUGGCCCCUGGUCCACGCCGCGAACGCCCCGGCACCCGACUGCUACGAGGGCCAGGAGCGCCACCAGGAGUGGCACCGCUCCCUGGCUCGCCUGCCCGCCAGGCCGGACGGCUGAGCCCGCGGGCAUCCCGUCGGACGCCGCGGGGGCGGGGCGUGGCGUCACGCGCGCGUGCCGUGCAGAGGUCGGGGGGCCCUGCGCCUCGUCGACGUCUCCGGACCCCCUCGCGUCAUGUAAAGGCUG